GGAUAUAUAUCCAGUUCCGUAGAGGGCCGUACCUCGUGGAACGUCCCUCUACGCACCGACGCCCCGCCCCCAGUGGGUGAGGCAAAAUGGCCGCGGAAUUUGCGGCGAGUGGAGUGCUUCCCACAGCGGGCAUUAUAAUUGAUUAGGUUUCUGAUAUCCAGUUCUAGUCCUAAGAAGUAAAUUGAUAAGCCCACAUUUCUGUGCAAACACUGAGGAGCCAAUUGGCGCCAUGAAGGUCUUCUGUGGCCGUGCCAAUCCAACCACGGGAUCCCUGGAAUGGCUGGAGGAGGAUGAGCACUAUGAUUACCACCAAGAAAUUGCCAGGUCAUCCUAUGCCGAUAUGCUACACGACAAAGACAGAAAUAUAAAAUAUUACCAGGGUAUCCGGGCAGCUGUGAGCAGAGUGAAAGACAAAGGACAGAAGGCCUUGGUUCUUGACAUUGGCACUGGCACAGGCCUCUUAUCAAUGAUGGCAGUUACCGCAGGGGCUGACUUCUGCUAUGCUGUUGAGGUUUUUAAGCCAAUGGCUGAGGCUGCUGUGAAGAUUGUGGAGAAAAAUGGCUUCAGUGAUAAGAUUAAAGUAAUUAACAAGCAUUCCACUGAGGUGACGGUUGGACCAGAUGGUGACUUGCCAUGCCGUGCUAACAUUCUGGUUACGGAGCUGUUUGACACAGAGCUGAUUGGGGAGGGAGCACUGCCCUCUUAUGAGCACGCACACAAGCAUCUUGUACAGGAAGACUGUGAAGCAGUGCCUCACAGGGCGACCGUCUAUGCCCAGUUGGUGGAGUCCAAAAGGAUGUGGUCAUGGAACAAGCUGUUUCCUGUCCGGGUCCAGACUGGUCUUGGAGAGCAGCUUAUCAUUCCUCCCUCAGAAUUGGAGAGGUGUCCUGGUGCACCUUCCGUCUAUGACAUUCAGCUGAACCAGGUGUCACCUGCUGACUUCACUGUCCUCAGUGAUGUGCUGCCAAUGUUCAGCGUGGACUUCAGCAAGCAAGUCAGCAGCUCGGCAGCGUGCCAUAGCAAGCAGUUUGUCCCUCUGGCAUCUGGCCAAGCACAGGUGGUUCUCUCCUGGUGGGACAUAGAAAUGGACCCUGAGGGCAAGAUCAAGUGCACCAUGGCACCCUUUUGGGCACAGACAGAUCCACAGGAACUUCAGUGGCGGGACCACUGGAUGCAGUGUGUGUACUUCCUGCCCCAGGAGGAGCCCAUUAUGCAGGGCUCACCCCGAUGCCUGGUUGCUCACCAUGAUGACUACUGUGUGUGGUACAGUCUUCAGAGAACCAGCCCUGAUGAGAAUAACAGUGCCUACCAAGUUCGACCUGUGUGUGACUGUCAGGCUCACCUCCUCUGGAACCGGCCACGGUUUGGAGAGAUCAAUGAUCAGGACAGAACUGAUCACUAUGCCCAAGCCCUGAGGACUAUGCUGAUGCCAGGUAGCAUCUGCCUCUGUGUGAGUGACGGCAGUCUGCUCUCUGUGUUGGCCCAUCACCUCGGAGCAGAGCAGGUGUUUACAGUCGAGAGUUCAGUAGCUUCCUAUAGACUGAUGAAAAGGAUCUUCAAGGUGAACCACUUGGAAGAUAAAAUUACCGUCAUCAAUAAACGGCCUGAGUUGCUGACAUCUGCAGACCUGGAGGGUAAGAAGGUCUCCCUCCUCCUGGGUGAACCUUUUUUCACCACCAGCCUGCUACCAUGGCACAACCUGUACUUCUGGUAUGUGCGCACCUCUGUGGACCAGCACCUAGCACCUGGGGCUGUGGUGAUGCCCCAGGCAGCCUCACUGCAUGCCGUGAUCGUGGAGUUCAGGGACCUGUGGCGAAUCCGGAGUCCUUGUGGUGACUGUGAAGGGUUUGACGUCCACAUCAUGGAUGAUAUGAUCAAGCACUCCCUGGAUUUCCGAGAGAGCAGGGAGGCAGAGCCACACCCACUGUGGGAAUACCCCUGCAGAAGCCUCUCAGAGCCUCAACAGAUCCUGACUUUUGAUUUCCAGCAGCCCAUCCCCCAGCAGCCUAUGCAAUCCAGGGGCCUGAUGGAGCUGAGGAGGCCCGGGAAGAGCCAUGGAGCUGUCCUGUGGAUGGAAUAUCAGCUGACUCCAGAUAGCACGGUCAGCACCGGCCUCAUGAACCCUGCAGAUGACAAGGGGGACUGCUGCUGGAACCCCCACUGCAAGCAAGCUGUGUACUUCCUCAGUGCCACACUGGAUCCUAGCGUGCCUCUGGAUGGCCCUCAAUCAGUCAGCUAUGCUGUGGAGUUUCACCCCCUCACUGGAGACAUCACCAUGGAGUUUAGGCUUGCAGACGACACCUUGAACUGAUCUCUUACAGAGAAAUAAAAUGGCCACCAGGCUGCAGACUCUGAAUGGCUUGUGGCUCAAUGGGGAAAGAAGGCCAAGGAAUUUCUCUCCUUGCAUGUACCUCCUUGGCAUCUGCACGCAUCAGAUGUGGCAGGCAGAAUAGGCUGGUGAGUGACUGGAGAGUUGAGUUAACUGGGGAGAACAGUUUGUGAUCCUGAGAAUGUAGAAAGCCCUGGUGGGGUCGGGCAGUGCGUCCUGUCCCGCCUGGAGGACGACUGAGGAGCAAUCUUGAUUAGGACAAGUGCAGGACUGCCCACUUAGGACCUGCCUGGCCUGUCUGCUUUCCAGGGAGUUCCCUAGGCCCUGUUAAGGUCUGGUUUGAGAGGACUAGGAUGCCCCAAGUAGCUUUACCAAGCCACAUUCAUAAACACUUGGGUAUCUGGCCUCAGUGCACACCAGCAGGGGGAUUGGUAAGCUGUGAGACCCAGACGCCAGGCCACUGCUCACAGGCCAUGGAAGAGGUCAUCAUCAAGCAGUUCCCUGUGGGAAGCCCAUGGGAAGAAAACAAGCAGAGUGGCCUUCUCCUGUCUUAUGUCUGAAGACCCUCGCUGUGAUGGCCUAACCUUGUUGAAUCAGAAAGUGCAGGGAUUCCUCAGUUGGCCAUUCAGCCUUGUCCCACCUCUGCCCACCCAUGCACUUGCUAAUGACCUCUCAGUUAUGAAACAGCCUUGAAGGGACUGAGUAGUAGAACCAAUAUGGCAGACACGGGCUGUGUGCUCAGUGAUCUCCCGGUCCCCAGGCUGGGAUCAGCUCUGGAGAUCAGCAGGUUCUCCCCAGUUGUCCUGAAGAUGAGUACAGACAAGAUGCCAGUCGUGAGCCUCACAGUUUUAUUUUCUCCUCAUUCUCCAUCCUUCCUUUCAGCACCAUAAAGGAAAAAUCCACCUCUUUUCAACUUUUUAAAAUCAGGCAUAAAGAUUGUUUUUUCUUCUAGGGAAGAAUCGUCUGGAUAUAUAUUUGAUAAUGUUUUACCAAAACCUUGGGUGUCUUACCAUAUAAAACCCCUAAUGUCCCAUGAGGAUACAAUACAGAAAAAAA